AUGGCUAGAUCUACUACUACUUCGUCCAUUGAGUAUAACAGAGCAAAUGAUGAAAAUAAAGUGAAGGAGAUAGUGAUUGUGGCAGAGGAGAAGGUUGGUGGUGUUGGUAUUGACGGUGGAAGAAGAGAAGAUGGUUGUUGUGGUGAUGGUGAAGGAGGAAGAAGAGGUAGUGGUAAAGGAGGAAGAAAAACACGGUGUGAUAGUGGUGAUGGAGGAGAAGGAGGUGCUGGUGAUAAUAGCGGAGGAGAUGAUGAUAGUGACAACGACGACAUCAACGACGAUAGAAGGGAUAUAAAUGACGGUGGCGGGCGGUGGCAUAUGGGGAGGAGUGGGGAGGGUAGGAGAGUGAGAGGACCUUUAUGA